AUGGAACUGGACAAGCUGCUCUUCCAGACGGCGCCAUUCAACGCUCCCCAACCUGACACAACAGCCAAGUCUUCAAAUCCAAGCCAAGUCCAAAACCAGCACCACCCAAGUCAAAACUCGAACGCUCGCUACUGCAACAUGCAAUCGCUGCCCAACGGCAACCCAAGCCAUAUUCAACAGCAGCCCCCGAUCGUGUCGAUGGCCAACUCGCACUACGAUCACUCGCACACGCAGAACUUGCAGCAGCUAGCCUCAGGAACGCGGGACUAUCUACUACAAAAUUAUGAAAUCACUUCUGCCCAGGUAUUUUCUGCAAUAAUCGGAAAUUUGAGCUUUAAUCUUCAUCAAAAAAAUGCCGCCGAAAAAGAAAGCCGUCAAAAAGGAAAAGACGGAGCUUCAGAAAAACUGGAAGCUCUGGACGACGAAGAUUUCAUUCCAGAAUCUGGAUCCAACACUCAAGUUGCCGAUUCGCUAGAGCUUCAGUUGUUCGAUUUUGUUCCCGAUGGGUUAGACAAAUCAGAAGAAUACUGCCUUGGAAUCGACGAAGCAGGCCGCGGACCAGUAAACGGCCCAAUGGUCUACUCCGCCGCCUUCUGUGUCAUCAGCGAGCACCAGAAAGUGCGGGACGACAUCGGCGCCAACGACUCCAAGCAGCUCGAGGAAAUCGACCGAGAACGGAUGCUCAAAUCGAUCGACAAAUGCAAGUGGGUCGGCUACACUGGCGUCGUCCUCCCGCCAGCCUACAUCUCCAAAUCCAUGCUCCGAAGAGCGAAGUACAAUUUAAACGAAAUGUCCCACGACACAGCUAUUUCCAUGAUCAGACGUGUCCUCGACCACCACAAAGUUAACGUCAAAGAAGUAUUCGUGGACACAGUUGGAAAGCCAGAGAAGUACCAGGAAAAGCUGCUUCGAUUCUUCCCGCAGCUGUCGAUCAGAGUUGAGAGCAAAGCCGACGCGACUUAUCCGAUCGUCGGCGCUGCUUCCAUCGUGGCGAAAGUGACGCGCGACAAGUUGGUGCACAACUGGGACCACGUCGAGCCGGCCGUGGACAAAUCCAUCGAGGUCGGCUCCGGAUACCCGGGAGAUCCCAAAACCAAAAACUGGAUUCGACAACAUUUGGAUCAUGUCUUUGGACUUCCUACAUACGCGCGGCUUUCUUGGGGAACGGCGACAGAAGCAAUGGCGAAAAACUGUGCCGAAGUGGAGUGGGAGCACGAGUUCGAAAACGAAGAAGAAGAGGCGAAUCAGAAAGCUAGAAAGCGAGGGAUCGAUCGGGAAGUAGUCGGCGCUGGUCCAACGCGAAAAUGCGCCUUCUUUCGUGAAAAUAACAUUCAUCGGGUCUCGCUCUGGAAGUCGAAGAAUGCCGAGUCCUUCACUGCCUGA